AUGUCGGUCAUGCCGGGCUACGUGGAGCUGGGCUGCUUCGAGCUGGCGCCCAGGGACACGGGGGCCCAGAAGGUGUGCGUCCAAGAGGAGUCGCGCGACACGUUCUGCGAGGACUGGAGGUUCCCCAUACCUUGCCGCAGCGGCUUCCCCUUCUACACCUUCUGCCGCAACCUCGAGGGGGCUGCGCCGGGCGUGGAGGCUCACAUGUUCGAGAAGGAGUGCUUCGAUAAGUGCAUCCACAAGGGCAUGGACAUGGCGGCCGUGGUCGAGGGCGUGGAGUGCCGGUGCGGCGCCACUCCGAACAACGUUGCCGUUUGGCGUUCCGACGCGGCGCCGACGAAGAAGCUCUUCAGCAUGGACAGCGUGUUUGCUGUAAGGGCCCUGCCGAUCAACUACGGCACCAUCUGCCCCCUGAAAGUCCUGCGGUACACGGGCGCCUACGAUACUGGCUUCGUGCCCAUCCAGUACUUCGGUGCCAAUGUCAUGGACCAGGCCUACGUGGACAGCAUGGUCUUGGAGCACGACAUCGCUGCCGAGAGCGAGGAGGAGAAGCCCAACCUGGAUUUCAUUCACUACGACGCCAACCGGACGACUGCUGGCGGGGGCGGCAACAGGUCCAGAGACGACCCUGCGUGGCUCCGGCCCUGUUACCCCAGCAAUUGCGCCUCUAGCAGGGGGCCGUGGAUGCUGCGCCAGACCGAGGCGCCCGCGGGGAUGCCCUCAGGAGCCGAGAAAGUUUGGGAAGAGUACACCAUAGUGCCGUACAUGUUCGAGGACGGCGUGCAACCGAUGGACGAGACCAGAAAAGAGGCCUUCCGCGCAGCGGCGGCGGAGUGGGCCUCUCACACGUGCAUCGUGCUUAAGGAGGCGUCCUCCCCGACAGCCCUAGACCCCAGCGGGAACUACAUCUCGGUGAAGGAUCUCGACUACUGCUACGUGGUGGGCGGCCUGGGCUAUGGCACGAGCACGAUCAACCUGGGGUGGUGCAGCACGAUGUCGCACGUGGGCAACAUCGUGCACGAGAUCGGGCACGCGCUGGGCAUGCUGCACGAGCAGCAGCGGCAGGAUGCCCAGAAGAGCUACCACGGCCACGGGCCGCACCUGGAGGUCUACUGGGACCAGAUCGACCCCUCGUGGAGGAGCCAGUACCUGCCCAUCGACACGAGCUACAUCGGCUCGGGGCACGAUGGCGACAGGGACCCCUGGGACGCGGGGUAUGCGCCGUAUGACUUCGGGAGCCUGAUGCACUACCCGUCCGCCCAGCGGUUCACCACCAUCCCGGCGGACGAGCUGUCUAAGACCGGCCAGCGGGCGGCACUGUCGGCUGGCGACAUCCUCCAGAUCAACGACAUGUAUCAGUGCAUCCAAGAGGACGGCGCAACAUCGCAACCGACGCCGGCGCCAUCGGCGCCCGAAGUACUUGUUGUCUCGGGCGCGUGCCCAUUCCAGAGCGGCCUGAACGGGGAGUGGGCGAGGGCGGGCUACACCAAGACUGGCCACGCUUACUACAUGAAGGGCUGGCGCAGCCUCUACUACGACCACUCUUGCAACGGCGCGGGCUUCACCUCUACCUGGGUCUUCGACUCGACCGAGCCGGACGUGAAUAAGGACUCGGACCUCGAUAACGAUGGCGUCUGCUCCUUCAUCGGGUACCACUUCUCCGCCUCCGACGUGCCCCAUCUGGGCCACGUGGAGUGGAGCAUUUUCUGCGGCACCUGGUUCGACCCAGUGACCUUGACGGUGGAGCAGGGUGUCGCCCCAACGCCGGUGCCCACGCUGGGGCCGGGUCAAACCAAGGCCCCGACUCCCGCGCCAGCUUCCUCGCUGGGCUUUACGAUCGCCAACGCCUGCGAAGAAAAGAAUUACCUCGACGGUGCCUACUCUGCGCAAGGAGUCACGGCGAGCGGCCUCCCGUACUACAAGCAUGACCAGUACCCUCUGUACGUUUAUUGGGACUCGCACUGUGAUGGGGCCAGCUUCCCGAGCGCCUGGAUCUUCGACAACGACGCCCCGAGCACCUCUGCCCCGAGCGACCUCGACGGCGACGGCCAGUGCAGCUUCUUCGGCUUCAUGGAGAGCCCCCUGCAGCUCCUCGAGCCGGGGCAGCACACGUUCAACAUCUACUGCGCCUACUGGAUGCCCGUGGGCCUCAGCGUGACCGUUGCGGCCGCGCCCACGGCCGCACCCGUACCAGCCUCGCCUGCGCCCACGCCGCUGCCCACCCUGGAGCCCACGCCGGAGCCCACGCCCUCGCCCACGCCAGCGCCGACGGCGGGCCCGACGACGCAGCCCACCACGGCGCCGACGGCGGGCCCGACCGCUCUGCCUACGGCGGCGCCGACUGCGGGCCCCACCGCGCAGCCCACUGUGGCGCCGACCGCGGGCCCGACUGCUUCGCCGACUGCGGCGCCGACGGCGGGCCCGACCGCUUUGCCCACCGCGGCACCGACCGCGGGCCCAACCGCGCAGCCCACUGUCGCGCCGACCGCGGACCCCACUUCGGCGCCGACCCCUGAACCGACCGCUUCGCCCACUGCGGCGCCGACCGCGCAGCCCACCGCGGGCCCUACCGUUUCGCCCACCGUGGCGCCGACCGCGGGCCCGACCGCGCAGCCAAGCGCGGCGCCGACCGCCAAACCGACCGCUUCGCCCUCGCUGGCGCCUGGCCCGACUGGCCCGACGGCAAUGCCAACACCUGGCCCGACGGAGACGCCUGUGUAUUUCAGCUACCUUGAAUUCACUGUCGCUGGGAUCGACUACUCUUCGCUUGCGGCCUCUCAGGAGCUAAUGGCCGCCUUCACCGCGAAGAUCGCCAAGAGCACCUGUGGUAGCGUCGGGCUGCCAGCUUACAACUGCUCGGUGGUUGUCUUUGCGGGCUCGGUCAAGGUGGGUGUCACCAUCGGCGGCAAGAGCUCUUACGAAGACGCCUCGAGUCUUGCCGCCGCGCUCUCAGAGGUCAAUGAGACGCUGCAGACAGAUGUGGUCGACAGCGUAACGAACGACACGCAGAUCAUGGCGGCUACCGACUCGAUCUCUGUCGCCACCAGCGAGCUCCACGUCUCGAUCAGGACUGGCCCCCCGCAGAUCGACGGAAUAGGCUCUGGCCCCCCGCCGAUGGACGGAAUGGGCGCCAGCAAUGGCAACGAAGCCUCCGCGACGGGCGACCCACAUGUCUCGAGCGUCACGGGGAGGAAGUUCGACGUCAACCUCCCCGGUGGCUACGUGCUGAUCAGGGCCCCCCAGGACCCGCGGCUGCCCGCCAAGCUGGAGGUGAACGCCACCCUCGCGACCUCUGGGGGCGCCGCCUGCGGCCUCUACAUCAAGAGCAUCCGCCUCGGCGGCGAGUGGCUGGCCAACCAGCUCGUGGACGUGCGGCCGCUUCAGCGCGACGUCGAGGGCGGGAACGCCGCGGGCACCAGGACGGUUCGCCCCUUCUCCGUGCGGAUCCAGGAGAGGCUGCCCAGCUGGAGGCCCCCGGGGCCGAGUACGAGCCGUGGAAGGACCUCGACAGGCGGGGCCGGCUCCUGA